AUGGUCGUCCACAACCUUGCAGAGUACGUAGCCUAUCAUCAAGCAAAGCUGCGUGAGGAGCAAGCUCGCAAUGCUCCCAAGCCUGCAAAAAAGUACGGUGUUAACCCCAUCCACAGCAAAUCCUCCUACACCACCUCCAUUAUUCAAGCCCCCGCCGACAGGCUCGUGGUCCUCGACUGCUUCGCCACCUGGUGUGGCCCUUGCAAAGUCAUCGCCCCCGAAGUCGCAAAGUUCUCCGAGUCCGAUGACUUCAAGGAUAAAGUGGAUUUUUACAAGGUCGACGUCGACGAGGUCCCCGACGUCGCUCAAGAACUGGGCGUGCGCGCCAUGCCUACUUUCAUGAUCUUCAAGAAUGGCGAGAAGGUCGGAGAGGUCGUCGGUGCCAACAAACAUGCUCUGGAGGCUGCGAUUAGGAAGAAUUUGUAA